CUCGCCAUAGCCUGUGCUACAUGGACACUUCGUUCUAAAGCUAAAACAUCAACGAAUCUCACACACCACCAUAGCCCUGAAGCCUAUGCUAGUAGGUUCCUUCAGACAAGAUGUCUUGGUCAAGCGUGUUGUUGUUGAUGCUAGUGCCGUGGGCGGCGGCUUACAACUAUUACAACUACAACCAGCAGUACCCUACUCUGUGUGGUCUCUCAGCCCUCAGGGGCGCCGCCUAUUACAACUACGCUUCCCGCCGGGCGGAUAACUACCCGUUCUCCUGGGGGCGCAGAAGAUAUCGCGGCCCUCACAUGCGGCGUAACAGAGUCCGCCAUGGACGGCUCUUCCAGGACUCGCCUGACGAAGGGGAGAACUUGCUGUUCUCCGCUGUGGACGCGCUUGAUGACCAGGGCUGCAUCCUGAAGCUCCUCUGCCACUUGGAGGCCACCGACGAGGCUGACAACACCAUAGAGGAGAACAUCUUGACCGACAUGUUCGCCAAUAUUUCAGUAACGGCUUUCAACGCGGCUUUCAUCCGCGCCGCAGAUAUCGGCAGCAGUGGCCAGAACGCUACGGAAUGCGACGUUUCAUUUUCCAGUUGUCAGCUGAGCGCCGCGCAGCUGAGAGGUCUACUGCAACAGGCCUGGGGGUGUGGCGGGUACCCAUUCAGCGAUGACCUUCCUGUCCUUAGUCAAGAUAGUCAGAGCCUCGACCAACAGAAUACACCACAGGGCAGCGUCGCUACUCUACUUACGGGCUCACCAUAGUCCGUGCUACUUGAACUUUUUCUUCAAAGGAGCGAAUCUUAAACAACAACAACAGCUACUUUACUCUCCCAGUUACCUGGUGAUGGGCAGUAACUGUCCAGUCACCCAGUAAUCAUGCGCUUAGGGUUCGAACCUGCAUUACGUGGGCUCAUCCUCUGGCGUACACAGUACCACUUAACCAGCGAUUGAUUAUAUAAUGAUUGGCUAGUCCUGGAGUUUAUUUACUAAGUUCCAUGACUAACCAUUCACCUGCAACUCUAGUGGUGCGAUCAGGGGCCAGAUUCACGAAGCAGUUACACAAGCACUUACGAACUUAUACAUCUUUCCUCAAUCUUUGACGUUACAUUUAUUUAUUAAACACUUUACAAGCAUGAAACUUGCCAAUC